AUGAACGAAUUGAGUCACUACGUUAGAAUCAGGAAGGAGCUCGACAAGUUCCUCUCAGAGGAGCUUCAGAUGGAAGAAAUGCAGCCACCUCCCACCGCAAUUCAAGAAACUCUGCACCAAGAACCGGAAGAAGAACAACAAUCCCACAUCCAACCAAGAAGAACUUCAGCCUCGCAAAUUGAUGAAUUUUUUGACGCCGAUAUUGCGGUGGAUGCAAACCUAUGGAGCGUUGAUGUGGAGGCGGUCGUGGCAGCACCAGACCAGGACGUUGGUAAAUACGUGUGUAAUAGAAGUUCAUUAGGAAGUAAGGAAGAGUCCUGGAACACAGACGAUCUCACAAGUAGUAAUAACAGUUCUUACAGUAAAGGUUCCUCCACUUACGUGUCACCCGUCAGCUUGAGAAAUAUCAUGGAUGACGAGGUGUUCAUCAAGCCUGAACCAGUCGAGAAUAGGUUAGCCAUGUGGGAAGAUGUCACUUCUUCAGUAAGACAUCUCGAUCCCGAGGAAUCCAACCACGUUCAACUGGGUUCUUCCGCGCCAGCUUCGCUGGGGUUUCAUCCGCCCAACGUGCCAUCUCAUCACCACCAGCAGUUCCACCAAAGUUUGCAUGGUCAGUACCACGCCACUGUUUCCAUCAACCACGAUGUCAGCUCACAAUACCCUUCUUCGUGCUACCAUUCUGCUUCUAGUUCUUCUUCUAGUGCUCUAGAUGUCAAAUUAGAAGAUCAUGCUUCGCCUCGUGCCCCAAUGGUCUCCAGUGAUAUGCCUGGCUUACUAACCAGUCCAAGUCCUCCUUUAAUUCGCUCUAGUAUGAGCUCUUGUAGUGCGUCUAUGCCUAUGCAUUAUAGGUAUAGUCAAUCUUCCAAGUCCACAAACGCAUCUUUAACUCAUACUGGGGUACCCGUAGCAUCAGUUCACCGGAUUUACACUCCACCUACUCCUCCUUCUUCUGACCAUGGUUCUCCUGGGGAUCUCCAUGCUCAGUUUCCACCGCAUUUUUCCAUGGGACCUCGAAGGACGCCUCCCCCUCCUUAUAGCGUGGCAGCAUCUCCUACCUCCACUCCUCGAGUGCACCCUGCCCCGGUGGUGUCUGCACCUACUUCUUCUCCAGGCCAUCGACAUAUACCACCUAAUUAUUGCAGCCCUGGUCUGCAGCAGCGGUUGCAGCCUAGUCCUGCACGCAGGGACUGUAAUCAAGCCACGACCUCAGCGAAUCCUAACCUAGUUAUUCCCAUGGGCGCCGCACGGCGGGGUUCGUUUUCUGCGUCCUCGGUUCCUCAGGCCUCGGGAUCGCGAAGUCUCCUUCUGCCCAGAAGAGGCGGGAGCCCAGCAGGACGUAGCUCGGCCAGUUUACCCCCCUCGAUUAUGUCUAAUAAUGCCCCGCCAAAAUAUAGUCGAAGAAAUAAUCCGGAACUCGAAAAGAGAAGAAUUCAUCACUGUGAUUUUCCAGGUUGCAUGAAGGUUUACACCAAGUCCUCCCACCUCAAGGCGCAUCAAAGGAUACACACCGGGGAGAAGCCCUACCGUUGCCACUGGCCCGAGUGUCAAUGGAGGUUCGCGCGGUCCGACGAGCUCACGCGCCACUACCGCAAGCAUACGGGCGCCAAGCCCUUCAAGUGCCGCGUGUGCGAGCGGGCCUUUGCGCGGUCCGACCACCUCGCGCUGCACAUGAAGAGACACAUGCCCAAGCCCGGCAAGACUGCGGCAGCGGGUGUGGCGGCUGCGAGUGUUGCAGGGGUAACUAGUGCAUCUACCAGUAGUGUUGCAACCGCUGCGACAGUUGCGGCUCCUGAUAAUACGGCUGCUGCAUCAUCCUCCUGAGUGGGGUUUUCACUGCGACAGCAGGUGUACCAAAUGCAAGUGUUACAGGAGUAACUAAUGCAUCUACCACAAGUGUUGCAGCCGCUACGACAGUUGUGGCUCAUGGUAAUACUGCUGCCGUAUCAUUCUCCUGAGUGGGGUUUUCACUGCGACAGCUGGUGUACUGGGUGCAAGUGUUACAGGGGUAUCUAGUGCAUCUAGCUCAAGUAUUGUAGCCGCUACGACAGUUGCGGCUCAUGAUAAUACGGCCUGAGUCAAUUUUUUAAAUUUUUAAAUGUAAAAUUACUGGGGAGCGAGUUACCGGGCAUUUAGGUAUUCAGCUGUAAUAUAAUAUAAUGUGCAAUGGGGAUGUGAAUGUGGCCCCUUUAUAUGCGUAGUGACUAGUGCCAGAUACUGCUAUGUUUAUAAUAGUUACUCCUGUUGAUACAGAUUGUGAGCAUCUCAUAUUUGCUACACUAAGAAGCUUAAUUAUUACUUUAUAAUAAUUAUUUUUAUGUUGAAAUAGAAUUAAUUACAUGCGAAUUAAAUACAGAAGAGAAAAUGGUCGCGAGAUAUUGGCCAAAAAUGUUGUCGUCAAAUGAGAUUGAUGUAGCACAUUAAACUUAUUAAUAGUCCUUACAAAGGUCACCAUGAAAUUAUAGUUAUAGAAAAUAAAACUACGUGAAUAAGUAAGGUUCAUAUUUUCUUUUUUUGGUGUAUAUUCUUGAGGCUAUGACUCAAUUCAAGUAUUACCGGAGGCUUAAAUCAUGCGCACUUAGCUUGUCACUCUAAACUUGUCACAUAUUCUGCAUAAUGACGGUUAUAAUGUCCCACAAAAAGUUAUGAUGAAUAACGUUGGGAACGUUACAAAAAACGUACAAUGAAACACGACAAUCUCACAUCAUUUAAUGCAGAAACAUCCUAUAAAAUAAUGGAGUCAAUUUAAAUCAAUACCAGCACCACUCUUAAUCUACAUUAGUUACCGAGCGAUCCAUAUUCGUGAUAAUUAAAGGCCAUAUUGAAGUAUUUCCACUUUCUGUUAAUAUUGUUCCCAUUUUUUAUGUUUGUGUCAUUAUUAAUUGUAUUCUGAACUCUCUUACAUUGAUCUUGCUGCACUUGGUGUCAUAUACUUCAUAUGAAUGAAUCUUUACUCUUGAAAUUCUCUCAGGCAAAAACCAUCCAGUGCAGAGAUUAUUCAAUAAAAUUAAAUUAUAUGCCAAAAAGUAAAUGAAACCAUUGUUAAAAU